ACACUUUCAGGGCUGGGAGCACAGAGGACCCCUGACAUCAUGAGUUGGUCCUUGUACCCCCGGAAUUUAAUUCUGUACUUCUACACUCUUUUUUUGCUCUCUUCAACAUGCCUGGCAUAUGUUGCUACCAGAGACAACUGCUGCAUCUUAGAUGAAAGAUUUGGCAGUUAUUGUCCGACUACCUGUGGAAUUGCAGAUUUCCUGUCGAAUUACCAAAACAGUGUGGACAAGGAUCUACAGGAUUUUGAAGACAUCUUACAUCGAGCUGAAAAUCAAACCUCAGAAGCCGAACAACUGAUCCAAGCAAUCCGAACCAGCUAUAAUCCUGAUGAACCACCAAAGACAGGCAGAAUAGAUGCUGCUACUAGAGAGUCCAAGAAAAUGAUGGAAGAAAUUGUGAAAUAUGAAGCAUUGGUUGUAACACAUGAAUCAACUAUUCGAUUUUUGCAGGAUAUAUAUAAUUCAAAUAAUCAAAAGAUCAUUAAUCUGAAACAGAAAGUAGCCCAGCUUGAAGCAAAGUGUCAGGAACCUUGCAGAGACACAGUACACAUACAAGAUACCACUGGGAAAGAUUGUCAAGACAUUGCCAAUAAGGGAGCCAAAGAGAGUGGGCUUUACUUUAUCAAACCUCUGAAAGCUAAGCAGCAGUUCUUAGUCUACUGUGAAAUCGAUGCAACUGGAAAUGGGUGGACUGUGCUUCAGAAGAGGCUCGAUGGCAGUGUGGAUUUCAAGAAAAACUGGAUUCAAUAUAAAGAAGGGUUUGGAUAUCUAUCUCCUACUGGCACCACAGAAUUUUGGCUGGGAAAUGAGAAGAUUCAUUUGAUAAGCACACAGACUACCAUCCCAUAUGUACUAAGAGUGCAGCUGGAGGACUGGAAUGGCAAAACCAGCACUGCAGACUAUUCCACGUUCAGGGUGGGACCUGAAAAUGACAAAUACCGCUUGACAUAUGCCUACUUCAUGGGUGGAGAGGCCGGAGAUGCCUUUGAUGGCUUUGAUUUUGGUGAUGAUCCUAGUGACAAGGUUUUCACAUCCCACAAUGGCAUGCAGUUCAGUACCUGGGACAAUGACAACGAUAGAUUUGAAGGCAACUGUGCUGAACAGGAUGGAUCGGGUUGGUGGAUGAACAAGUGUCAUGCUGGCCACCUCAAUGGAGUUUAUUACCAAGGUGGCACUUACUCAAAAUCAUCUACGCUUAAUGGUUAUGAUAAUGGCAUAAUUUGGGCCACUUGGAAAAGCCGGUGGUAUUCCAUGAAGAAAACCACCAUGAAGAUAAUCCCAUUCAACAGAAUCGCCAUUGGAGAAGGACAGCAGUUCCACCUUGGGGCAGCCAAACAGGCUGGAGACGUUUAGAAGACAACUUCAAAUGGUAGACCUUUUUAAAAGGACUUUAUCUGAGCAGAGAAAUAUAAUAUUUUCCUAUGGGACAAUGGACUUGCAAAGCCUCACUUCAUUUUAAGAGUAAAAAGAACCCUUAUCGAAAACUCCACUAACAGUUUUAUGCUGGUAAUAAUUUAUCUACAUGCCAUUUCAAUAAACAUUUUGUUUCCUAAGACUA